CUGAAAGCCAAUUGCGUUCCUUCGCUUCCCACUCUUUUCAGUCCAAGUGGAUCCACUCUCCCAUCCGUCUCCCUCAUCAAACCCCCAUUCCCACCCGUCCUCCUCUUUCCUUCUCUCCUGUUCACCAACCGUCCCCGAGCCGUCUGGGAAAUAUAGACAACCUCGCCGUCGCAGUCGUUGUCGUCGAAUAUUGCCAGCGCUCACUUUACGACCUCGUGAUUGAAAUCGAAGGAGCAAGAAGGAACUGUUAUUCUUGGGAACGCCUUUGCCUGGUCACUGGCCCGAAAGUACGUGAAUCGGUUGCUGCUUGGAGGAAAACGGCCUCGCACCCUGCGUUCCAUUCUGUCGGGGCACUACACAAGUCACCGGAUCCCCACAACCAAAGAAUCGAGAACGGCGCAGGCGUUUCUGAGGCCUCUCUCCUGCAUCAGCCACGUAGAGUGCAAUUCGGUUUUCUAACAUUCUUCUUCAACUAGACCUGUGCAAGGCCAUCGAUCGUUGGGAUCGAUUGAUAUCAAGUCUAGUCUCGACAACAGUCCCGACGACAAUCCCACAACAUUCACCAUGCCGGUCGAUAUCAGCCGCCACGUCCAGCUGGACCACAUCGGAGAAUCCGAGAGUUAUGAGGACAGGCCGACGCGGUCUGGCUCGAGGAUGUGGUAUGAGCUCAAGGUUUUGCAGCAACCUGAGCGUGCUCGUGCAUGCGGAUCUGGUCAGAAGUCCGCGGCCGAUAGACGCCCCGUCGAUCCUCCCCCCGUGGUGCAGUUGCACGUCUACGAGGGACCUACCAGAGCCGAAGCUACCGAUAUCACUUUCAACUACCGCGCCAACUUCUUCCUCUAUGCUGAGCUGACACCCGCGCGUCCCAUGGCUCAUGGACGCGUUCAAACUCCCGCGGCAACUUCACCUCCUGUCUUGACUGGUAUGCCGGUUUCGGGUAUGGCUUAUCUCGACAGGCCCACAGAGGCAGGCUACUUCCUGUUCCCCGACCUUUCGGUUCGUCAUGAAGGACGCUACGUCUUGGCCUUCCACCUGUACGAAGACGUGAAGAGGGCGGAGGAUCGUGAACCGGGCGGCGACGCGGAUGAUGAGGAUGAGAACCCCUGCUUCCAGUACAGAAUGGCUGUCAAGUCGGUGCCAUUCAACGUCUUCAGCGCAAAGAAGUUCCCUGGUCUCACCGAGAGCACCAACUUGAGCAAGACUAUCUCUGAACAGGGAUGUCGUGUGCGUAUUCGCCGUGACGUUCGCAUGCGAAGACGCGACGGAAAGCCGACAGGAAACGAGUUCGACACCAACCCCGAAAACGAAUUCAGGAGCACCGCCAGGAGAACACAGACGCCAGAGAUUCGUAGCAAUGCGGAACAGUAUCGUGCGAGGUCGACGAGUAACAGCAGCGAGCACCGCGCCGCAUACCCGCCUGCUCCGGAACGCAAACCAUCUCUCAUUGAGAACUUCAAAGCCGAGACUUUCCAAGCGCCGCCACCGCCGCCGCCGCCCAUGUCAUACGGUCCAGCCCCGUCCACCAACGUUCACCUGCGAUUUGGAUCCGAUGCCUCGAGUGCACCCUACCCUCCCCAUCAAUAUGCCCAACCUUCAGCGCAGCCGCCGCCCAUCUCUCCUACCACGGCCUCGUACCAGUCUCAGCAGCCUUCGCCUUACCAACCCGCAAGCUACGGCUACUCGAGCAGACCCAGCUCUCAGUACGCCUCGAGCAACCCGCCUCCCACGCCCCGCGAUUCGUACGACAGACGGCCGUCUGCCAUGAUGGUGCCACCUUCUCCUUCUGUGUACGGUCCGGGAGCAAGGGAUCACGACAUGGCCAGGCGCGAUUCGGACUACAGGAGAGAUUCUCUUCCUCCUCGCCAGCUUGCCCCAGUUUCCGAUCUGCCGCACAUGGGCACCAAACUCCCGCCUAUGCUGCCUUCCAUCGAGAAGCUCACUGCUCCUCCCAUGGCGGGUCGUUCAGAAUUCAUCGAGGCUGCUCCUCCCAGCUCUCACAACCCCGUCUACGAGUCAGCACGCGCAGGCACCAAGCGUGGGUACGGAGACACCUUCAUCGACAGCCAGCGCCCCUUGUACGACAGGCAACGCCCACAGGAUCCUCACCACAACAGCGCUCAUUACAACCACCGCUACGUUGUGCAAGAUCCUCUUGAGUACAAGCGUGCCGAUGGCACAUUUGGUGUGAAGCCGGCAAAUGAAUACUACAAGACUGUCAACCCGCAAUGAGGUUCCGGUGCACUUGCUUAACGGCGUUUCGGCGGCUUCGUAUUAAGGGCGGUGGUAUCUUGCAUCCAAGCGUUCUUGGGCAAUGGGGCGUUUGGAAGGAUCGGAGACAACUUUUCGAAUUGUAUAUACCAACUGGGAGUCAGUCAUCAUUUACGGCACCCCUCGGAAACCAAGUUUCUUUCCCUAUGUUCCUCCCAACACUCAACACACACACUCUCUCUCCGAUCUUGAUGGCCGUUUUACUUGGCCAUGAGCGAUCAUCUUUACUUUCCUACCAUGUCUUACUUGAUCAUGAUUCAGACUGGAAUUGAAAACGAAACGACUUUUCGAUGUUCACGAAGACAGGCACAUCCGAGUGAGCUUUAAUGUGUCAUUGGUCUUGCUUUGUUAUUUCCUUGUGUCUAGUUGGGCAGGAGUACUGCAUGGAUUGAUAGUGGGUUGUCCACUGUGCCCCGUGGGCAAUGGGGUCAAUUAGUUUAAACUUUUGUAUAGGAAAAUGGAAAAAGGUUCCAAUGUUGAAAGAUGCUAUCGAUGUUUUGCCCAUCCUUUCUCGUGACGUUGACAGGUGACGCCAGGCUCUGAUAGGGGGGUGAGAUGAAUAACGGCUCCUAUGAGAGACGAGCCCUACGAUGUGACUAUCUCG